CAUUUUUCGUGUAGCUUUAUCACACCUUCUGUUCGUUGCGAAUCAGACCUCUGUAGUUUGUAUACUGUAUAAUAACAAUGAAUAACCUUAUGCUAGUGGAGAUCCGGCGAGUUACCAUGUUCAGAGACAAGCGAGUUCUUAACGUUCUGCUGAAUGGCUUCGGAGUUAUGAUGGUUUACGCUGGCAUGAUGGGAGGGGCUAUGGUCAUGCCGAAGAUAUUCAAAGACAUGAAAGGAGCGAGAGGGUUGACGGAGAACAGUGCCUUCUACGGUCUGAUCAUCAGCAACACAGCAGUGGUGUUCUUUGCACCCCUGACACCCUCCCUGUCACGCCUCCUCGGUACUCGCACUUCCAUUAUCAUCUCAGUUGUACUUUGUGGCACUAUCAACAACGCUCUGUUCUACCCUACUGAAUACCUCAUGUACGGUGCGUUUUUCCUGAAUGGUUUAGGAUGUGCGUUGCUGAGAGUUGCUGCGCUCGCCUACAUGACCAAGAACUCAACAAGAAUAACUUUGUCCACGAACAACUCCAUCCACUGGAUGAUGCUAACGGUGGGGCUCAUGUUGGGUAACCUGACUGUUAUGUUGGUCAACAUUGAGACAACGGAGAUAGACAAUGACAAGAGGUAUACAAUCGCUAUAGUAACCUCCUCGCUCUGCCUCCUGGCUAUACCCGGCUACUUCUUCACAAAGUCUAUCCCUAGCAACUAUGACGAUAUGUUGGCUGCAGAAGAGCGGGAACAUAUCCACGCUCAGACUAAGAGAUCACCAACAGAAGCAACCAGUUUCACUUCCUUCCCUCACCACGGUACUUCAUUGUCAACAGACUACAGUCCCAUAAUAGAGGAGGAUCCGGGAGAGAGAGGGGUGGCGAGGGUUCUGGUGGGUAUGUACCACGUGAUGUUGAGAAACGAAACACUCUGGCUACUUGCCCCCAUGUUCGCAGCUGGGGUCUACAACUCAGCCUACUCCCCCAUAAUACCUGUUGCAGUGUGCAACGUGGCUGGAAAGCCCUGGCUGGUAUCUGCGUUUGGGAUCCUAGCCGGGUUAGGACAAUUAGCAGGGGCCUUCCUUACAGGGCAGGCUAUCGACAAGGUCAGUGUCAGGAAGAUCGGGAGCGUCGUGACCGCCUUUGCAGUUCUGAGUUUCGCUAUGGUUGGACUUAUUGUGGAGAUGGGAUUCUCCGACAGGUGGACUCAGUGGAGAUCAAUGUCUGAGAGUAUAAUCUUACUCCUAGCGUUCUUCAUAGGAGCAUGUGAUAUGUCCAACAAUGUGUGUUUAUCAGUUGCAAUAGGCCGGCUCUUCAACGGAAACUCAGACUCAGCGUUCAGCUUGUUUGUAACAGUGAUGAGCUUUAGUAUGAUCACGUGGUACUUGUUUCAGACCAUUAUUCAUUCUCAUUUGUACAUUAUUCUCUUCCUCUACUCGAUUGUGUCUAUUGCUGCUGCCUUCUCCUUUGGCUCAAUGAAAUUUAAUGAUUGAGUUUGUAGUUAACGAAUGUUUGAGAUCUAUAAUUUACAUCUAGAACCACUCACACUGUUAUUAAUUAGGCUGUUUGAUAAAAUUUUGAUCAUGUUUUCAUUUGACCCAGUGGAAGUUUCUGAUUUUAUUUCAUUAACCUUCAUAAUAAAAUUCUUAUUUCUUUAAGUUCCUGAUUAUUUUUGUAUGUUGUUUUUUCUUCUUUUUGAUUGUAAUAUUAUGUAACAUUGUUUCGAACAUUGUCACCAGGAUCAUCAAAUCGGUAAGAUGACAUUAGCAUUGAGCAAAAAAAGUAUAACGCUUAUAUAGUAUUAUCAAUAUUUCUUCAGAAUUACUGAAAGCUGUAAUUGUGACAUUAUUUACAUAUAGUUUACUUAUUAAGUGAACACUGAACAUGUAUGAUGAUUGAUGUUAUUUUUGUUUUCAUUUU